CCUUCCGUCGUUGGGCGGCCGGCUGCUCCGACAUUGACAGCGUCCUCGCGAUUCGUACCGAAGCGCCCCCCCCCCCCGCGACAUCAUGGUGGCGUACUGGCGACAGGCUGGGCUCAGCUACAUCCGCUACUCCCAGAUCUGUGCAAAAGCAGUCAGAGACGCACUGAAGACUGAACUCAAAGCAAACGCCGAGAAGACAUCUGGCCACACCGUAAAAAUCGUGAAAGUGAAAAAGGAAUAAUCUACCCUGACUGAGGCUUGAAAUGCUGCAUUCCCAAGGUGGAGGGAGACGUGUGGGCAGUGUCGGGGCCGGCUAGAAAGGAUCUCGCUCCCUGGGAAAACAUGCCUGUCUUGUUCACAGAUUGACAAUGCCAAUAAAUUGAAGUUUGGUUCCCUC